CACAUGUGAUGCAGUUGUAUAUCAGCUGUGAAGUGUUGGAGGGCGUGUCACUUUUGGAGCUAAGUUAAACAUGCUAAACAUGUUUUUGCAGCAUAUUGGCUUUACUGGUCACAAGACAUGACAUUGGUCAAUACUGAUCUUGUUUUCUGUGUACUCCAGUCAGUUUCAUCCAGUCAUUUGUAUUUAGAGGCAAUGUUGACCUAAAUGAAGCAUUUCUGGCUGAUGAAAAAUCUUUGCUGACACUCUUAAUGGAAACAUCAGAAAUGGCACAAUUGUUGCAGAUACUGCUGCUAUCCUGUUUGAUUUGUUAAAAAAUAUGGAACAUGGUGACUUUAACUAAACUUCCAUUUAUCCGUCCCUCAUUUUUAGGACCAUGCUGGAAUAAUGUUUUCCUGUUUUACACAUGCCAACACAUUAUAAAUGUACCAUGAGACCAUCUAGAAAACUGGGCUAAACUAAGUUCCCUUAAGAAGGGCACCCCCAGCUGCUUUUGUUAAAAGCACUUUAAAAUCAGGCUUCAUGCAGGUGUCCACUUCAGUUAUUGUGCAAUGCACUAUGGUAACUUGUCAUAGAGGAAAUUGUUUUAUGAUGGGUUUGUUGCAGUUUGCAUGCUUGGAGAAUUUAAAGUCCGACUCUUAUCUCUCAGAAGCAGAGAGAGUUUAGAGUCCACUAGCAAAGAUUCUUCAGGUUGUGUUCAGACCUCCAGACUGAACAGGUGCAGGAGGAUAGAAGAUGUUACAGCUGAGGAGCUCAGCCCUCAUCCUGCUAUUGACUCUGCAGUUUGUGGCUUGUUCUUGGGCUCAUCCAUGUGAGAGUCCUGAGCGGAAAUGUGACUUUGUGUGUGACUGUACUGAUUGCAGCGAUGAGCAGGACUGUGGCUACAGAGGAAAAGAUUUUGUGUGUGACUUUGAGGACGUAGGAAUGUGUGGAUGGACUGACCAGUCCCUUAACGCAGCUGUGUAUGGCUGGGAGAGAAAUCAGAGAGGGGACACAUUGCCCGACAGCGGGCCGUCCUCUGACUACACCACUGGUACAGCUAUAGGUUCAUUUAUGGCAGUGAGUGCAGUGAGUGCAGAGUCUCUCAGUACUGCAGUGUUUGUCUCUCCAGAGAUGAACCAGUCUUCACCAACUUGUCGCAUUCGUCUCAGAUAUUUCCUGUGGGACUCAGGUGACACAGGUCUUGGCUCCACACCCUUGUGGGCAUCUGUCCUUCAUAAUGACUUUCGUGAGGCCAUAGUGUGGCGUCCUGAGGUCACCAGUGUCCGUGGCUGGAGGGAGGCUACCAUCUUUCUGGGCCGUAUUCCAACAACCUUCCGAAUCUCUCUCAACUCACAGCGCUCUAAGGGGAGAAAAGGAGAUGUGGCUGUAGACCAUCUGGAGUUUCUGGACUGUGCUCUUCCCUUACAAACCCCUGGUGAGGGGUGUUCAGCAAACAUGAAGGAGUGUAAGCGUGGGGGCUGCGUGGAGAUGCGGCAGGUCUGCGACGGCACCGACGACUGUGGCGACGGCACUGAUGAGGAGGGCUGUGGGUUCGAUUUCUGUGACUUUGAGAAGCACUGGUGUUCCUGGGACUGGAGGUCAAUAUCCCCACUGAAAUGGGUCAGGAUGACCCAGGAAAACUUCUCCAUCACGGAUCCUCUGAAAGGACCAGGCAGGGAUUAUUCCAGCAACAGUGUAUCAGGUCACUUCCUAUAUGUAACCGUCCCUGAUGGUGGUCUCAAAGCUGACUGGGCAGCUUUCCAAAGUCAUGUCAUUGAACCCACCAAUAGUUCACAUCCUUGCAAGAUGGUGAUGUACACUCACCAGUUUGGACCAAGGUCCGGUGGUCUGACGGUGCUGGUGGCAGAUCGUAAAAUCUACCCUGUGUGGGAGAGAGGCGGUGCACUAGGUGAUGUUUGGGUGAAAGCAGAGGUGGAGAUUGUCACCAACUUCCCUUUCCAAAUUAUUAUUAUGGCAGCAAUCAGAGACUUUUCAUAUGGAGGUAUCGCUGUGGACAACAUUGUGUUGUCACCUGAAUGCCGUCCGUCAUCUGGGAAUAGCACCUUGGAAAAGUUUCCUAAGCCUCCUAAACACCCGUGCACUGAACCAGACAAGAUUUGCGAUUUCACACCGGACUGUAAAAAGGAGGAGGAUGAAGCUAAAUGUGGGGAUUUCUCUUACCCGGAGGGCAGCUCAGGCUGGACUGACAGCAGCAUUGGGAGUCAGGGUUGGGUGCUACAUAAUAUUCCCACACCCAAAGAGGAGUACCUGUAUGUAGCCGAGGCCCCAGGCCAGCAGCUGACCGAAGCCCAGACACGGACCCCUCUCCUGGGCCCCUCCGGCCCAUCCUGCAGCCUCAGCUUUGAUUUUGCACUGACUGGGAAUUCAACUCACAUUGGUGAGCUGUCCGUCAGGGUGAUUGACAGCUUUCUGGGCAUACAGCCUAAACUGUGGGAGUUCAGUGGGAAGACAGGAACAGAGGAGGAGGCGUGGCGGCAAGUCAGUGUGACUAUUGGUGUCAGAAAACAUCGCUUUCAGCUGGCGUUUGAGGCUCGUGCUGUGAAACUUUCUGCCUCAGACAAGAUUAAAGUAAAAAACGUUCACUUUGUCAGCUGUUAUAAUUUCCAUGUCCCAUCAGCACUGUCAUGUAACUUUGAAGUUGGACUUUGUGGAUGGUAUCAGGACAAAAGUGACAACUUUGACUGGACAGUGCUCAGUGGGAUGGACCACACCACGGGGAUCAACAACAGCCUUGCUGUGGACAUGUGGAAUCCUUCUCUGCGUGGUGUGUUUGGGCGCUUAAUUUCAUCCACACAGUCAGCAGGUCCUACAGGUCACUGCCUGUCCUUCUUUUACAAACUCUAUGGGCCAAACACAGGUGCUCUGAAUGUGAAGCUGUUAGAUAAACACGGUUACGAGAAAGUCCUGUGGACCCGUAGCGGAGCUCAUGGCAACAUCUGGCACGAAGCGCACUGCCCGGUACCACACCAGAUCACAGACUUUCAGCUGAUGUUUGAAGCUGUUCGCUCUGGCUUUGACGGGCGCAUUGCCAUUGACGAUGUAUCAUUUGUGAGCAAACAAUGCACCGUGCCCAGGAUGUGUUCCUUUGAAGGCCAACGAUGUGGGUACAGCACCUCUGGGACAGCUCACUGGCUCCACCAUAGCAGAUACACCACCUCAAUGGAUGGACCAGACACUGACCACACUCUGGAGACAGAAUUAGGCUUCUACAUGAUGGCUAACACUGGAGCCAACAUCCUUCCUCCUGGUAAAACAGCUGUCCUUACCUCCCCUGUUCACCAAGGAAUUACUAAGUGCGUCCAUUUCUGGUAUCACAUAGGAGGAGAGAAUCCUGGUUCUCUGACAUUGUAUGUGAAGCUGUUGAAGGGAGAAAGAGUGAAGAUCUUCUCUAACAGUCUGGACCAGGGAGACGUCUGGCGUCAUGGCAGCGGCAACAUCUUGGAUAACCCUGUGGACUGGCAGUUGGAGUUUGAGGCGGUCGGAGCUGGAGGAAAGAACACUCAUAUUGCAGUUGAUGACAUCUUCCUUUCAGCUCACCCAUGUGAAGAUCAAGGUUCAAAGUGCACUCUGGAGAAUGGGAUGUGUAGCUGGAGCAACACUCAAAAUGUCAAAAUGGACAAACUGGACUGGGAGCUGACAAGUCCAAAGGCAGAGAAGCACUACUCCGUCCCAGCUGAAGACAAAACUCUGGGCACAGAGAGAGGUCACUUCCUGUUCUUUCCAAGCAGCAACCGGACGGCAGUCAAAGACAACGCUAUGUUGCUGAGCCCUCACCUGCCCCCGACCAAAGGCACUUGUCUGAAAUUCUGGGCCUACAAGCCAGACUCGUCCGACAGCGAGCUGAAGGUGUGGAGGCUGUCUAAAGGUCUCCUCUAUCAGCUGCUGGUGGUGAGUGAACUGAGCGGACCGUGGAGACGCUUUGACGUCAACAUCACCUCUACUGAGGAAUACCAGAUUGCAUUUGAAGGAAUCAAAGGCGUAUCAGGUGCUGUCGCUCUGGAUGACAUUGAGUACACCAUUGGAGUCAACUGUGCUAAGAUGAUCACAGAUGUGAAAGUUCCAUCAAAGCGAAACAACGCGGGAGGGAUUGCGGCAGCCGUCAUCGUGGUCCUGCUGCUGAUCGCCACAUUGAUUGCCCUGCUGGUUUACUACCUGCGUACCCGAUCGGGACUCAACCCUGUGCCAUUUUCAUCAUCUUCUUCAGAUACUGGUUUCAGUAAUGAAACAUACGAAGCCGACCUUACACAGGACCAUAUGUCGGUUCCACCAGCACAAAACCAUCCAAUGGAAGCCGGCUUCAAUGAUGUCUCUAUCGAUGGUAACGCGUGAGGCAGGAGGGGCAGUAGUCCUGCCACAUUAAGGUGGCUUCGUAUAAUGAAGGGGAUACCACAGCAGAAGAACUGCUUGUUUCACCCUUACAUGACACACAAACACACACAAACGUACCUACAUACACACACACACACACACACACACACACACACACAAAACACUGAUCAAGUCCUAAUUGGUGCAGCUGCAAGUCAAUUUAGUAGUCACAGGUAGCCUGUGGAAUCUGUUGUAUAAUAACUUCUGUGGUCUGGAUGAGCUUUGUUAACUUGCUCAGUAACAGGUUAUCUCAGCUUUAGCUCGGAGACUACACAUUUACAACAGGAAACCUGAACUGGGGGCACAGUUUACCAGGGAGUAGGGUCUAAUGAAAGACACUAUGGAGCUGCAUUAUGUGAAUAACCUUGACUCGCAUAAAGGAUCACAUCUCUGAUCUGUCUCUGAAAGUUGUGGUCCAGUAUGUGUCAGAUUAAGUGGUUCUAUUUACAUGAAAUGGCAUAAACAUUAUGUUUUUCUUACCUUAGAAUGAGCCUUUUUAUAUCUAGAGUUGCAUUUUACAUUUUUCAGGUACAAUCCCCCCUUAGUUUCCUUUAACAGAUGAAACAAACGGGUGAGUGGAUGCCGUUGAAAUCUCCAAAUACACCGCUAGUUGCCACAAAAAACUCUAAACGCCUAUUCUUAAAUAUGGUUAAAGCCUUAGCUAACAGUUGCAAGCAGACAACGAGCGAUGUGAAGAUUUAUUUAAGAUUGAAAUAGUAUACCUGUAAACACUGUGCUGACAUAUGUUCAAGUGAACAUAUUCACAGCCACUGUCCUUAACUCUUCGGAGCAGAGGGUGACAUGAGGGGGCUGCACAGCAAGAUGCUAAUAAUUCUACACAGUGGACCUUUAAGAGAAAGGAAAGAAGAAAACAGACAUACAUAAAAGGUGUAAAAGUUCUAAAGGAAGGUAACAUAAUGCAACUGAUUGUAAAAAGACUUUUGGACGAGUAUAUUCUUUUGAUCUGUUGGAAGUUUAUUUUCAUUCUGCUGUGAAACGAGAUAUAAUUGACCUCUGAUGAUCAAUAAAAUUCAAGCUGAGCAUUGAAACAUUGGUAUUGGUGUGCUUUUUCACUCAUAAACAUUUGUCCUCAAAAGAAUAAAAAAAUCCUCAUCAUUAUGUUUGUUUGUUUGUUUGUUAUGGGUGUUUUAAAGUCACAUUUUAAAUGUGUCGAAAUGAGUGCAGAAAUGUUCUUCACCAGUGUCAAUUAACUGACCUUUAACUGAUCCAUUAAAAAAAUCAACUAUCUUCUGAUCAUGCCCUCAUAUAUAAAUAUUUUCUUGCUUUUCUGUUUAAUAAUUGUAUUUUUAUACUUGAUGAUCAGACAUGGGCUUCAGCCGAUGAGCGCAUACAGCAGAUUUUACAAUUUUAUUUACAUUUGAGACAACAGAGUAGAUUAGUAAAACUGAUAUAAUCAAUGGAAAUGCAAUCAAUGCAAAUAAUCAAUGGUUAGAUGAUGAAUGGUAGCCUAAAGCAGUCAUGCGUACUCCUGACUGGUCGCUCCCUGCACGGCUCUGAUAUGGUCAAAUGCCUCGUUCAUCUUUAGGAAGAGGGGAUGACGACAUCAUGUCCUUAGCAACGGUCGCGUCUCUACGGCAACAUCCUCCGAUGUCCCCUCUCUGCUGUUGUCACCGUGAUUCUCAGCUGUUGUCAGUGAGACAGAGGAGAGGAAAAAAAUCACCGUUUUCACUCGGAUGAACUGAUGAUUUAGGAGGAUGGAGGGUUGUCAUGGGUGGAGUGCGGGCGACCACCGCAGCGGCAGCAGCUGGUGUCUCGCGACCUGAGUGCCUAAAGUUGGAGUGAACAAGAGGCAACUUGGUCACCGAAGACCCUCUCCUCCUCAUCAUCAUCAUUCAGCAUCCCUCACCCUGCAGAAGAUCGCCAGCCUGCUCUGUCUGGCGGCUGUUCACUCUCAUCUGGACCGAUUUUAUCUGCACGACCCGGUUCUCAUCCAGCGGCGCGUGCGGCUGAAUGGAUCCCGCCGUGCUCAUCUUCCUGCUCUACGUGAUGAUCGCGCACGAGCUGGUGUGCGGCUGGAUGCAGUACCGGAGACAGAGCGCCAAGCCCCGCAAACGAGCUGCUGGACCUCUGCUGCGCUCAAGUGUCCAGGUGUGUCAGGGAGCCUGGAGGGCUAGCAGCCAGUCUGUCAGGACUGACAGAGGAGGGAGGGACCUGAGAAAGAGUGGUCGCAUCGUGAGAAAAGCCUAAUGAAGAGAGAAGGCAGACAUGGAUUAACACUUAAUAAACUGGAUUUAAUAUUCAAGUGA